GUAACUAGUAAGAAAAUAAAGGCACAAUAAGUAUAAAGUUCGUUCUUCCUCGGCUCUCCCCAAAGCUAGACGAAUAAUUGCGUUCCUCAGCAGCCCAACAUGAUUAGCGUUCUCGCUCAGGAGCGGCUGCUAGGGGCCACACUUGGAAGCAUACUGACGGGAAUAGUGGUAUUCGAGCAGCGAAGAAAAAUUUAUAGGUCGAUUUCAGAUACUCAACCCCAAUUAAGCUCCCAAUUUCAGGUGGGAGAGCCCAUAUUUGGAAAGGAAACUCGCUCAGAGCUCGCGCGCAUGUGGAACAAGGGUGUAGACCAGGCAUUUGGACCUGCGAUUCAUCAUCUUAGCUCCCGCGGAUGGUAGAUUUUGUGUGAUACUAUUCCCAACUAUGAACCCCCUUUAUUCAUUUCAUACAUGUUACGGCUUUCCUAACUUUGAAUCAUUUGCAUCUUGAGACAAUGGCCUUGAUUGAUUUUCAAGGACUCAUAUCAUAAUAAUUAUAAUGCCUUGUAUUAUUCUUUUCCUUGUUUGUUUAUCAAAUCUUUUUUUUGUAUCGUA